AUUCGACAGAAACAUAUAUAGGUAGCUGUCAACCAUUUCACCCACGUCAACAAGAAUAAUGUUGCUAUUAACACCAAUAUUGUUGCUGGUCGUUGCUUUCUUGCAACUUGUCCUGUCCAGUAACCAAAACUCCCUCCAUGGCAUCGCCUACGUCUCCGUGACGACUGACAAUUUGACCGCUUCAACGCAUUUCUACACUCAAGUACUCGGGGGUAUGCUGGUGCCAGAGUUGGCCUUCACCUUCAGCGGAGACUCUCACUAUUACCGGAUGUUCCAGAAGGAGAUCAUGGACGCCAGAACACAAGGGGUUGACCCUGCCCAGCUGGGAAUACCGGAUAUACGUGAUAACGGUACACACGAGGUGCGAGGUAACUUCAUCGUUUUUGACAACGGCAUCAUCCAACUGGUAGAGUAUGUGCUGAAAUCAUCUUCUGACAUUGUCUUCGACAUCCGUGAACGUCGCACCAGCCCCUGCUACAUCGCAGCCCCACAUAUAUGUUUCUGGGUCAAGGACGACGUGGAUUUCAACCAUUACAUUGCGGAACUAGAAAGAAGGUCACAUGAUCUUGGAUUUCAUCAGGUCAAGGUCAACAGACCAGUAACGGUUCACAACGAAGCUGAACGACUAGCCGUUCCCAAAAACCAGCUUGGUCUUACUUUUACCAGUGGAGACUUUGCUGGUUUAUCAUUCGCAUACUGGAAAGGCCCCAGAGGCGAGCAACUGGAACUAUACCAAAUUACAAAUCAAUCCAGGUACCACCUUGGCAGUGAUUAUUGCCGACGACAGGGCGUAGCCACAGCCUUCUUGGACAAUCAGUCUGACAACCAAUGGAAGAAAGCUGCUGGAGUCAGUGGUCAGCUUUACGGGAUGUUCCAGUUUGGAACAAGAACCGAUGACCUUUUCAAAUCCGUCAGCUUUUACACACAGGUCCUCGGUUCAGAGCUGGUUCAUAAACCACUACAGGCAGUGAACGUUCGAGGAGACGAUGUUGAAAACAUGUUGUUCCAGAAAGAAAUUCUUGAUGCGUUCUCUUGGGGAACUAAGCCCCGAGAUAUAGGGAUUGCAAAUAUUUCUAUGGCAGGAAAUGACAGACUUGACCAUAGAUUUAACCUUUUUGAUAACUAUGUAGUGGAAACUCUGUUAUACACUGCAGGAAGAUCUCUGUCAGAUCCCAAGUUCAAUCCCAGAUACAACUGGAGCAGUCCUGCCUACAUCAACAACAUGCACGUCGCCUUCUUCGUUGACUCCAACGUUGAUCUGAACAACUUCCUACAGAACGCGGAGAAAAAGGCUGCCAAGAAUAAGUUCCCUGAGUUUAAGAUCAAUAGAGCAGUUGAUGUGCAGACGUUAGGGGCUAGUGUUCCUGCAGCACAGUACAGUGAAGAGUUCACUGAUGGACCUCUGAAAGGUUUCAACUACGUGUAUGCUAAGGGUCCAGCAGGGGAACAGCAAUCCUUUGUUCAGUUCAAGGGUCCAGUGGAAGCCAAACUGAAGUCAGCCCUGUUAAAGUAUUCGGCAGUCAACACAGCCUUCAAGGAGACGAAUCCGUGGGUCAGGAAAGAAUAUGACUCCUUUUGUUCUAAAUAUACCAGUAAUCCUGUUAUUGGCUGAAAUAGUAUCCAGAAAUAAAUCUCAUUCAUCGAA